UGUCUCACGCAUGGCAACUUCUGUGCAGCCAAGAGCUACAGCAGCAAGGUGACGGUUGCUGCGAGGGCCAUGAAAGAUCUCCUAGCUUCACCAGGCGCAGGCCGCCGGCAUGAGGCCGGUGGCACACCACGCGCGCAAGCCGAUUGUUGUGCACGCAGCUUGAGUGGACGGAGUCCCCAGUGCCGCCUGGUUGGCAGCCAGAGAUUUGGCAGCCUGGUCGUGUGCCAGACAAGGCUGAUGAUGGCGAGACGAGCAGCUUUGACGCCACUUCCUCACUGUGGGCCUUGUAGGGCGUACGAAUGCCAGGCUGGUGGCUUGGCCGCGCAAGCGUUGAUGCCGUGGCUUCCCACUAGUGGCCAGAAGUUUGGACAUAUCAGCCGGAGGUGCGCACGACGCACGCCUGAAGGACAUCUCGAUUGGCGAGGUGUAAAAUCUGCGCUUGAAGGCGCUCGGGAAACAAGCCGAGCCUAUUUGAAGGCUGAUUCAGCCAGGAACCUGCUCAAAAUGGCAAUCACCAUAAAUUUGAUGCCACCUUCACCUGGAAGGCUUUGCGUGAAUCUUUUGAACGGGAUGAGUUGCAU